AUGGCCGACGAAGUUUACGAAGGUGCCAUCGGCAUUGAUCUUGGAACCACCUACUCUUGUGUGGCCAACUACGAGGGUACCAAUGUUGAGAUCAUUGCCAACGAGCAGGGUAGCUACACUACCCCAUCCUUCGUUUCUUUCACCGACAAGGAGCGCUUGAUCGGUGAGGCCGCGAAGAACCAGGCCGCUAUGAACCCUACGAACACCAUCUUCGACAUCAAGCGUCUUAUCGGUCGGCGGUUCGAGGACCCCAUUGUCAAGAAGGAUGUUGAGUCCUGGCCCUUCAAGGUUGUUGAUCAGGGUGGAAACCCUGUGGUUGAGGUCGAGUAUCUCGGCGAAACCAAGACUUUCAGUCCCCAAGAAAUCUCUUCUAUGGUUUUGAUGAAGAUGAAAGAGGUUGCCGAAACCAAGCUCGGAAAGAAGGUCGAGAAGGCAGUCAUUACCGUGCCCGCUUAUUUCAACGACAACCAGCGCCAGGCUACUAAGGAUGCUGGUGCCAUUGCUGGUCUGAACGUGCUCCGUAUCAUCAACGAGCCCACUGCAGCAGCGAUUGCCUAUGGCCUUGGCUCCGGCAAGUCUGAUAAGGAGCGUAACGUUCUCAUCUACGAUCUUGGUGGUGGUACUUUCGAUGUGUCUCUCCUUAACAUCCAGGGUGGUGUCUUCACUGUCAAGGCUACUGCUGGAGAUACCCACCUUGGUGGUCAAGACUUCGAUACCAACCUCCUGGACCACUUCAAGAAGGAGUUCCAGCGCAAGACUGGCAAGGACCUCUCCGGUGACGCGAGAGCCCUCCGUCGUCUCAGAACCGCCUGCGAGCGUGCUAAGCGUACUUUGUCCAACGCUACCCAGACUACUGUGGAAAUCGACUCUCUGUUCGAUGGCGAGGACUUCAACUCUUCUAUCACUCGUGCUCGUUUUGAAGACCUGAACGCUAAGUCUUUCUCGGGUACUCUCGAGCCUGUGCAGCAGGUUCUCAAGGACUCUGGCCUUGAGAAGAGCAAGGUCGAUGAGAUCGUCCUCGUUGGUGGUUCCACCCGUAUCCCUCGUAUCCAGAAGCUGCUUAGCGAUUUCUUCGAUGGCAAGAAGCUUGAGAAGAGCAUCAACCCCGAUGAAGCCGUUGCCUAUGGUGCCGCCGUCCAGGCCGGUAUCUUGUCUGGAAAGGCUUCUUCGGCUGAAACCCAGGACCUCCUCCUGCUUGAUGUCGUUCCCCUUUCUCUCGGUGUUGCUAUGGAGGGUAACAUCUUCGCUCCUGUUGUGGCCCGUGGUCAGACUGUCCCUACGAUCAAGAAGCGCACUUUCACCACCGUUGUCGAUAACCAGACAACCGUGCAGUUCCCCGUUUACCAGGGUGAGCGUACCAACUGCGCUGACAACACCUCUCUGGGAGAGUUCACCCUCGCUCCCAUCCCCCCCAUGAGGGCUGGAGAGGCCGCUCUCGAGGUCGUUUUCGAGGUUGAUGUCAACGGUAUCCUCAAGGUUACUGCUACCGAGAAGUCCUCCGGACGUAGUGCCAACAUUACCAUCUCCAAUGCCGUCGGCAAGCUUUCCACCACUGAGAUUGAGCAGAUGAUUGACGACGCUGCGAAGUUCAAGUCUAGCGAUGAGGCUUUCACCAAGAAGUUCGAGUCUCGCCAACAGCUCGAGUCCUACAUCUCGCGUGUUGAGGAGAUUGUUUCCGACCCCACCAUGUCGCUGAAGCUGAAGCGUGGCAACAAGGAGAAGAUCGAAUCGGCACUCAGCGAUGCCAUGGCUCAGCUUGAGAUCGAAGACUCGACUCCUGAAGAUCUCAAGAAGAAGGAGCUUGCUCUCAAGAGACUCAUCACCAAGGCCAUGGCCACUCGGUAA